AAUAAUGUGUUAAACUAAAAAACUAAAGAAAUUAUUAUAAUAAUAAUAAAUAUAGGAAAUAAACAAGAUUGUUGGCUGUUUGGCAACUCUGCCUGUAUACCAUAACUUUGUAAAACGGCACACAUGUAGUUUAUGUCUAAGAAAAUCAGUUUUACAACUUGAAAGUGCAUCGAAUGCCAGUUGCAACAUGCAGGCUGCUCCGGAGCCAGAGUCAAGUAGCAACAGCAACGGCAAGGUGGCAAACGCAACGCAACUGGAUACCCCAGAGGUCAACGCCAAACUGUGCACUAUUUGCGGCAGUAGCAAAUCAUCGUCAUCCGCCCUGCUGGACCUUAGGGGCAACAGUGUGAUGCAGCGACGCCUAAGCCGCGAUUGGAAGCUGUCGGCAGACAUAGUCAAGACAACGCUGCGAGCCAUAUGCGUAGAGUGCGUCUGCAAGCUGAACAUGCACUCGGAGGUAACACGCACGCUGAUGCAGCGGCUGCAGCGUCUGACCGUCACGGCGAAAUCACAGGUUGGAACGCCGGUGGAGCGUAGGCAAUGCGACAGUCCGCCCAUUGCCGAUGCUGAGGUAUCUACGACAGGGGUGCCAUUGGCACAGGAGGAGGAUGGCACAGUGACAGUUAGAACCGCUUCGCCUACGUCCACUUCAUCAUCGUGCUCAGUGCUGCAGGCGUACUCAGCCCAACCCCCAGAAUCUCCCUCCGCCACAGAGUCCGGUGGCCUGCGCAAUAACAGCGGCAACGCUUUGGAUGGCUGGAAGUGGCGCACACGGCGGGUGUGCCAGUAUUGUGAGCGCGCCUACUCUCGCAAGGAUCACUAUACGCUGCACGUGCGCCGUUGUUGGCGUCGCCAGACGCAGCGUCGCCCCAAGUGUCGUGUGCUCAAUGAAGCCGGCAAUGAUGAAGACGAUGUCGAGAACGAUAAUGGGGAUCAGGCUCUGCCCCGACACUCGCAUACUUUUCAAUGCACGAGCUGUGAGAAGGAGUUCGCUGGCAGUGUGGCCCUGCGGCAACACCAGCGUAUCAGCCACCAGCAUCGCUGCAGUCUGUGCGAGGCGGAAUUUGGCACGAAAUACGAGUGGGAGCUGCACCAUACCAUAUGCAGUGCCAAGCAAGAGGCUUUGCAAAUGCAAGAAUCCCCCACACAGCCUCGAUCUACACGAUCGCGAUCGCGUGCCUGCUCGCUGGCCUGGUAUAAUGGUGAACUGGGCGAUGAGGAGACAGAUGACGAUCAGCAGGACGACGAAGAUGCCACUUCUAUAGCCGACACGAUGUACACAAGGCGCAUGAACUUCACCGGCGAUUGGAUAGUUAACCACAGUCGCAGCAACAGCAACAGCGCCCUAAAUCUGACCAUGCUGUACGAUGAUUAUGUGCUGGAGGAGUCUCAUAUAACCACAGAUAAGGAGUAUGAUCUCUACUUGCUGGAUCUGCUUAAAACGCAGGUACAGCUGAAAGCUUUCUCAUGCUUUGCGCCCGCCUGCUGCUAUCAAACGGACACGCUUGUUAAUCUAAUGAAGCAUGACUACAUGCAACACUGGAAGAUGAGCUGGUUUUACUGCCACAAAUGCGGCGACGUGUUCACCAGCAAGGUCUUCCUCGACUAUCAUCUGCAUCGGCAAAACCGCGGCGUUUACAUAUGCCACAAGUGUCACGAUGAGUUUGAGUUCCAGCAUCAAUUGGAUCGCCACCAGGUGCUGCACAGCAAGGGCAUCAAUUAUUACUGCAACUAUUGCCGCUUGGAAUUUCUUAGCGAGGCCAAGCUGUUGGCCCACUGCGAGCACGAGCGGCACAGCCCCAACGAUGAGCCACCCCUCAUACGCAUAGAGCACGAGCUGUCCAUUAUCAAUCCCGUACACAAAGAACCAGCCAAGGCACCGCAGUAUACGGUGCGCGUGCUGAACAUACCUCACAUGCCGUGGAUAUCGAAUCGGCCCAGGCAUUUGCCAAAUCAUAAACCCUUCCGUUUUGCCAUUGGCAUUUGCGAGUUCGACAAUCGCAAUCCGCCCAAUUGCGUGGGCUGUCUCUAGAGCCGAUGGGAGAGUGUGUCCGAUUUAACAGUCUGCAUAAUUGUAUAUAUAUUUGAGUAGGACUGAAGUAGUACUGGUUCUAGGAUAUCUGCUCGUCGAGCAAAGGUCAUUUAAACUAAUAGUACUUGUUUAUAGUGUCAUGUAUAUAAAAUUAGUAUGAUUCAAUUUAUUUCUGUGCUAAGCAAAAACUGCUAGCUAAAGUCUUCUUCUGAAUAUAUAUAUAUUUAUAUAUAUAUUUUUGUAUUCGAAUUGUAAAUGUUGUAAUAAAUAUUAGCUUACCAUUGUUAAACCCUUAACAUACGGACUUCCGAUCUCAUUUGUAUAGAAUCAAUGUGUAUUAUUUUAUUUAUAUAUGUGUAGAUAUAUCUUCAGUCAUUUUUAUUUUGCAUUCAUACCGAAAAUGUUGCCUUAAUUAUGAUUUGCACAUUGCAAUUGUAGUUACAAAUAUUUAAGAAAUUUUCAAUUAACACUAACUUUUAUAACGGCAAAAUACUUGGUUUGCAUCCAAUUAUUUAUGCAUAUUAUGUACACAGGGAUUGUUGUUUCUCAUAUCGAUAGGCUUAGUCUACAAUUGUAUAACAAAUGAAUUAACGCUGUAGCUAUAUAUAUAUUUAUAUAUAUCGUAUGUGUAAGCAUAAGUUUUUUCCAUAUACUUAUGUGUACUUAUAUAGAGCCUAUUGCAUUGCCCCCAGCGCAUGUUUGUUUGAUUUUUGCAUAAUUUUUGCACUAUAAACUAAAAUUCUAAUUACAUUUCAAUUAAGCUUACAAUUAAUUAAUUCGCUUAGUUAAAUUUGUACGCAUUAGAUUUGUAUGUUGGGUUUAAAUGUUGUGCGUAUGUGUGUGUGUGUGUGUGUGUGUGUGUGAGUCGGUGUCAGUCUUAUAAAAUUCAACCCAGGACAAUUGUUUGAUUAGAUUAAAAUUUAACAAAAAAAAAAGAAUAUGUAUAGGAUUUUAACUAGUAAAAUAUACCAAUUGAUUUUUGAGCUUUUUGAGGUAGUUCGGUUUUAGGUAAAUGGAGCUCAAAAUACCAUCAUAUUCAUAUAGUAAUUAAACAAAACAUAAACUAAA